CCUUUGACUGUCGACUAAGGAUAGACGUGUUACAGCUAUUCCUAGUGUCAGCUGUUUCCAAUGCAUUUAAUGAUAUUAAAACGCAUAAACCUGUAUGGCCAAGUGAACAAUGUGUGACUGUCGCGCUGGAUGAAGCGGGUUCGAACCAUCACGUGACUUCAACAUGCAACUUUUUUAAAACACAACUUUUUGUGCCGCUGUUCAUGAAAGAGCUAUAGAACUUUCCUUUAAAAAAAUGUGUUUGUGAUGUGAUUGUGGAGAAAGAUGAACAAGAAAAAAACGUGGGAAAAUGUCGAAGGAAACAUGACCUUUCACCUGAUAUUUAUUCUAUGGGAAUUUUAAAUGGUAAUUGGAAGUUGAAUAGCAGUGGGAACUACUAAGUAGAGGAUGGAAGGUGCCAGAAGUUUCGGGGGUCGCUGCUGUACGUGCUGUAGGAACAAUCUCUUGGUCUUUCUCACUCUUAUGGGCGUGGCUGUGGGCGGAGUUUUGGGCUUUACUGUCCGUCAAGCAGAACCGUCGCAGGAUGUCAUCAUUUGGUUAGGACUUCCGGGAGAGGUGUACAUGCGCAUGCUCAAGAUGAUGAUACUUCCGCUCAUCAUCUCCAGUGUUAUCACAGGCACAGCUUCUCUCGACCCCAAAUGUAACGGACGUGUCAGCUUCAUCUCGCUCGUCUACAUCGUCGUCUCCAACUCGCUCAGUUGUGUCGUGCCCAUCGCCAUAGCUCUGACACUUAGGCCAGGGGACGGGACCAACCUCAGGGCGACAUUGGGCGACCGUGGCACGAUGCUCAUAGAAACCUCAGACAUUUUUGUUGAUCUCAUCAGAAAUUUAUUCCCAGAAAAUGUGGUCACGGCUUGCUUUCAACAGGCUCAGACCACCUACAGGGCGCGAGACUUUGUGUUAAGCAACCAAUCAACAGGUGACGCAAGCAAUCAAACAUGGCGGACAGUCAACACCACCCGCACUUUGAUGGUCAAGGGCGUAGGGAUAACCAGCUCAACUAAUGUCUUAGGCCUGGUGCUGUGCUGUAUGAUAUUCGGGAUGGCCUCAGCCUCUGUAGGACCAGUCGCCAAGCCCUUCCUGGCAUUCUUCUUCUCGGCCAAUGAAAUCAUCAUGAAAAUAUUGCGCUGGUUCGUCUGGGUGACGCCGGUGGGCGUGGCAUCGCUGAUUGCUGUGGCCUUCCUGCAGACGAGCGACCUGGACAGCUCAGUCCGCUCGCUCGGGAUGUUCUCCCUCAGUGUGUUGGCCUCGCUGGCCGUCCACCAGUUCCUCAUCCUCCCUGCGGUACAUUUCAUUCUCAUCCGCGAAAACCCGUUUUCAUUUCUGCUGACCUUGGGACGACCUUGGCUUGUCAGUUUUGCAGCAGCUAGCUCGGCUGUGGCGAUACCAGAAACUCUGCGGGCGCUGGAAGAGGAGCAACACAUAGACAAGCGCAUCACCAGGUUUGUUGUACCAUUCGCCACGACCAUCAACCGUGACGGAAGCUGCAUCUUUAUCGUCUGCUCCUGCGUCUUUAUAGGUCAGCUCGUUGGUGCGGACCUCCAUGCUGGCAGGAUCGUUCUUUUAUGGGUUUUGACCAGUGUCGUGUCCCUGGCUAUCCCAUCGGUACCCAGUGCAGGGGUGGUGGCGGUCGUUAUCAACUUGACCGCUCUGGGGAUCCCAGCAGACCUCGUGGGUCUGUUGUUUGCUACAGAAUGGUUGCUUGACCGCUUCAGGUCAGGAACAAAUAUGCUGAGUCAUGGUUUCUGUGCUAUGGUGACCUACAGGUAUUGUAAGAGCUACCUCCAGAAACAAGAGAGCUACCUGGAUGACAUAGAACUUGAUGUUUCUGAGCCAAUGGUCAAAUCUAAGAAUUGACAAGAUCUAACCGGCUAGGCCAGGGUUAGCCAGAAGAUCUAACCGGCUAGGCCAGGGUUAGCCAGAAGAUCUAACCGGCUAGGCCAGAAGAUCUAACCGGCUAGGCCAGAAGAUCUAACCGGCUAGGCCAGAAGAUCUAACCGGCUAGGCCAGAAGAUCUAACCGGCUAGGCCAGAAGAUCUAACCGGCUAGGCCAGAAGAUCUAACCGGCUAGGCCAGAAGAUCUAACCGGCUAGGCCAGAAGAUCUAACCGGCUAGGCCAGAAGAUCUAACCGGCUAGGCCAGAAGAUCUAACCGGCUAGGCCAGAAGAUCUAACCGGCUAGGCCAGAAGAUCUAACCGGCUAGGCCAGAAGAUCUAACCGGCUAGGCCAGAAGAUCUAACCGGCUAGGCCAGAAGAUCUAACCGGCUAGGCCAGAAGAUCUAACCGGCUAGGCCAGAAGAUCUAACCUGCUAGGCCAGAAGAUCUAACCUGCUAGGCCAGAAGAUCUAACCGGCUAGGCCAGAAGAUCUAACCGG